AUGCUCCGAGUGGACGCUGCCGAAGGUUGCAUGGAUAUUUUGUUGAUGGUCAGCUACUUCAUUUUUGGAACACUCCGCUUAUCAGAACUCUGCAACGGACUCUUCUGGACUUAUAAGGAAUAUUACAUAGCGACAUGGUGUUACAACCAGACUUAUGUGUCAGCCAUACUACGAUGUUUCGGCGUUCUAAUCAUCAACACUUCACAUCGAUGGAUUCUUCCUAUUCUCCAAUGGGCAGUGCCCACAGCGUAUUCAGUACCACUUCUUGUCUUCAGCAAUGCCACUUUUAAAAGUUCGGAAAACAUGGAGGUGCUGAUUGAGCGGCAGUCCAUAACGGUAAGAAAUAUGACAAUGCUUCUCAUCUUUUAUGAAAUCUUCAUGUUUCAAGCCUAG